AGCGAAACGAAAACAUUACAAACAAAAAAGGAGAAUUUAUCAUUUGAUCUUUUUUGUGCGACGAUCUUUUGCACUUACUAAAUUUUUUAAAAAAAUGCUAUUCUGUAUUUGCAUAUUAGCUUUUGCAAUAUGCAAAUCACUUGCAAUGAAUGCGACAGCUUACAAUCCUUUGCCUUUAGCAUUUAAUAAAAACGCAAGUGAGAGAAUUGCUAACUACCCAUUUUAUAUCCAAGCUUUUCCAUAUGAUUUCAACUGCAGUGGUACUGUUUCAUUCAUAAAGAAUCCUCCUCCUGUUGACGGACAAGGAACCUAUUCGUAUAUGGAAAAUGUCAGCUCGAUUUUGACAGUCCCCGCAGAUAAUACCAGCGUAACGUGUAUAUACACAGCCGAGAAGCCCAUAUGCUACGCGGGAGAUUCUCCAAAAUGUUUCAGCAUGUCAAACACCAUAAACAAAGUUGAUGUUCAAAUGAACGAUUCUUCUCACAUACUCGAUGCGAACAAUGGAUCAUACGUUCCGUAUACAGAAAGUUACUAUAUAAUUACGCCAGAGACGACAUAUGCAUAUGUAGAAGAAGGCCCAGAAAAACCUAAACACGAUCCGUAUGCAAUCUAUAGAAGUUAUUUGUAUCCUUGUGAUGGUAAUCAAACCUGUAUGUUUGACUACUUAAGUGCAGGAUUGACCCGAGAUAAACAGAGAUGUGGUUCUGGGUAUUCCAUCAAAGAGAAAUAUUUCGAAAAUAAAGAAAAAUUUAUGGACUACUUUAAUACACAACGAGAAAAGACUGCAAGAAACACAAGUCUGGCUUUUAUUCCCCCAAAGCUCCAGCCGGUUUCUGAUCGACAGGCAGUAAGCCAGAUUGAUUUGGAGUCAUCGACAGAGUUUGCCAGUUUUUCUGAAUCCAAAGACUGUAUUUCAACCUCUCCAUCUACUUCUAUUCGCCUGACAAAUAGAUCGUUGCACGUUUGCUUAGCUUUCGGACUUAUAAUGUUGAGUUUUCUUUGAUAAAGAGACAACUAAUAGAUAGAAUGAUAAUUAGAGUUGUUCCUUUCUGUUCAUUUUCUUUUCUAAUUCAUAAAUUCUGAAACUUUAUAUUCACUAUAUAAUUAUUCAUAUUUUCAUUUUUG